GAGAGAGAGAUUGAGUUUACAAACUUUCCAUCGGGACAGAAACUUUGCCAGCGGACGCAGGAAAGUUACGGAGCGCAGAAGGAAUAAUCUCCGGGAAAAAAAACACUCAAUGCGGGACAACAUGACACACACUCCUUUAGCUGUAUGACAACUUUUUAAAGACUUUUAAAAGCUUUUAAAGUCGUCAGAAACAACUUUUACCAAAGAAAGAAAAGAAAAGAAAAGAAAGAAGGAACAGGCCUAACCAAAGAAGUUCCUACAGGAUUUUCGCAGGCCAUUUUUUCCUCGAAUACUUGGGCUUGUUUGUUAUUGUCUGACACACGAUGAGCGGCAACCCUCUCCAGCCGUUACCGGGCCAGCAGGUCAUCCAUGUCGCCAAAGACCUUGACACGGACCUGGAGGCUCUCUUCAACUCCGUCAUGAACCCCAAGCCCAGCAGCUCCUGGAGGAACAAGCAUCUGCCCGAGUCGUUCUUCAAGGAGCCGGACUCGGGCUCGCACUCUCGGCAGUCCAGCACGGACUCGGGCGGCCUCCCCCCGCGGCUCCAGGCGACGCACGUCCGCUCGCACUCCUCCCCGGCGUCGCUGCAGCUGCCCGCGGGCGCGCUGGGCGUCCCGAACCCCGCUCGGCACCACUCGCACAUCCGACACCAGUCCUUCGACGUGGCCGAGGAGCUGCCGCUACCCCCGGGCUGGGAGAUGGCCUACACCCCCAAUGGACAGAAGUACUUUCUCAACCACAUUGAGAAGAUCACCACAUGGCAUGACCCCAGGAAGAACCUGACCCCCUCGGUGACCCAGAUGGGUCUGCACAAUCAAGCCUCUACUAACGGCAACAUACAGCAGCGCUCCAUGGCCCUCUCUCAACCCAACCUCGGACAGUUGCCCGAGGCUUGGGAGCAGGCCGUCACCCCUCAGGGAGAAACAUACUUCAUUGACCACAAAACCCAGAGCACCUCAUGGCUGGACCCGCGGGUAGUGCUCAGCCAGCAGGCCCAUCAGCAGCACCUCCAGCAGCAGCAGCAGCAGGUUCAGGCUCAGGCCCAGGCCCAGGCCCAGGGCUCCCAGCAGCAGCAGCAGAGCUCUCAGCCCAUGAUGAACAUGAGCGCCCAGCAGCACCAGCAGAAGAUGAGGCUCCAGCGCAUCCAGAUGGAGCGUGAGCGCAUCCAGAGGAGACAGGAGGAGCUCCUGAGACAGGAGGUGGCGCUCCGACAGCUGCCCAUGGACUCUGAUAACAUGGCCCCCGUGGCUCCAGCCAUCAGCUCUCCGGUCAUGUCCCAGGCCAACAUGCCCAACAGCAGCGCCGACCCCUUCCUCAACAGUGGGCCGUAUCACUCCCGAGAGCAGAGCACGGACAGUGGACUCGGACUGGGAUGCUACAGUAUUCCCACCACUCCUGAGGACUUCCUGAACAACAUGGAGGAGAUGGACACAGGUGAGAACAUGAACGUGCCGGUCAGCAUGAGCGUUCCCCAGCAAAGCCGCUUCCCAGACUUCCUGGACUCCAUGCCCGGCACCAACGUGGACCUGGGCACCCUGGAGGGGGCCGACCUCAUGCCCAUCCUCAACGACGUGGAGUCAGUCCUGAACAAGAGCGAGCCCUUCCUCACCUGGCUCUAGGCCCACACGCCACACUAAAGACUGCUUUACAAAUAUAGAUAUUAUAUUAUAUAUUCAAUCAGCCUCUUCCUCUAGUUUCACUGUUUAGGUGUCAGAAAUCACCACGAGUCUAAGAACAAUACCAAAGUGUUUAGCCUGCGAACAAAUGAGCAAGCAUGUGUCAAUCAAAGCAUUAGAGGAAGACAAACGUGUUUGCGCUGGAACUGAUGAUGGGUAGAUAUGAUUAUGACUGUGUUUGUGUUCAGAAGCAUCACACUGAGAUAGUCGGGCUCUCGGAUCCUGUUUAACAGGCGCAGUGUGUUUGUACGUUAACACAGAGAGAGAGUCUGGGUGAAUCUCACGAAAAGAAGGCCUUAUUUCCGCCGGGGGAAAUGUUUCAUGUCAAUUGAGUUUAUAUCUCAUAAUUCAGACUUUUUUCCUCUGAAGUUCUGCACAGGUCUGCAGUCAGGUCAGGGUACACCACACCGUCUUCACCUAAACACUAAAAACCUUUGUUGUGGCAAAUGAAAAAGUCAACCUGGAAUUUACAUGAUUUAUUAUAAGGAAAGAUCAUUAAAAUAAAAACACUUUCAAUGACAACUUUAUUCCGUUUCGCCCGUUCAUUUAGACGACAGCUGUGUUUUGUGGGCCUGAAAACGUAAACUGUUGAACAUAGAUUUCAAAGUGCAAGUUUUUACCAUUUGAACUACAGAAACGUGAAUCUGUGAAAUCGGUGACAUCAUGCGCGUGUGUAUUAUGUGUUCAGUCUAUAGUGUUUCUUUACAAAGUGACGUCGCCACCUACUGGCCUCGCAUGAAUGAUACAGCGUUUUUAGUCAUUUUCACAGAUCCGUGUAAACGGGGACAGUUUGUGUGUAUGUUAAAAACACAAAGGAGAAAUCGUUCAUUUUUUUGUACAUCAACGUUGUGUAAACGUACAUAAAAAACUGAAACCUGAUUUGCGGAAAUGAGAAUCGCAAUUUUGAGAGAAAAAAGUCAGAAUUGUGAUAUAUAAACGGUUACAUUUUUUUCUAUCUGUAUUCUGUAGCAGAAAUAACUUCCGUAAGAACAUGUCUAGAUCAAUAGUAAGAAAUAAGAAUAAAUGCUUAAAGAAAAUUAAGCCAAUUUUCAGGACCAUUAGGAAUUUGAAUAAUAGUUAAGCAGGUUUCUCCUAACAACUAAUUUGAAGAAUCAUCACUGAGAAUGAGAAUUACAAUCAAACUCGAGAUUCAGUAAUGCACGUGUGUUACAGUAAUACAUGUGUGAUGCAGGCGUGUUAAACUAAUGCAUGUGUGUUACAGUAAUGAACAUAUGUUACGAACGUGUGUUACAGUAAUGAACGUGUUACAGUAAUCCACAUGUGUUACAGUAAUGCCUGUGUGUUACAGUAAUGCAUGCGUUACAGUAAUGCUUGUGUAUUACAUUAAUACAGUAAUGCACAUGUGUUACAGUAAUGCUUGUGUGUUACAGUAAUCCACAUGUGUUACGGUAAUGCACGUGUGUUACGGUAAUGCACGUGUGUUACAGUAAUGCACGUGUGUUAAGGUAAUGCACAUGUGUUUCAGUAAUCCACAUGUGUUACAGUAAUCCACAUGUGCCGUACAAACUGGGAACAUGCAAAUGUCACCUGAAGAAGCUCUUUCUAUCUUAUUUAAACCAUUAAACUAGUUUUAUUGGGAUAAAUGAAUGUAUUUAGGUUAAUUGAGUGAUACUGUUUUUGGUUUGUAUAAAACCAGCUGAUUUCGAUGCUUCAGAAAUCAUAAUGGUCCUUAGGUUUUCAUGAGAUUCACCCUGCUUUAAUAAUUCACAUUUGGCCAAAUCAGCAGCAGUGUGCCUGUCAAAGCUUUACAUGGUGAAUUUAUAUCCACCGAGUAACUAUUUCAGACGUGUUUUACUUUUAUUCCAGUUUAGCUAUUGUGUGAAGCUCACGAAGCUCAUGUAGACAAGCGUUUCAUAUCAUAUAUGUUUUAUUGUACUGCUACAGUAUUCCUAUUUUCUAUUCUGUGCUCUUGACAUCUGGUGCAUUUAUCAAGAGCUACUGUAUGAACCUCUUUUUAAAUAGUUUUUACUUUUUUUUUUCCAUGAAUUUUAAAUUUUGAAGCACUACAAAUACACCAAGGAUUCAGCAAUACUAGUCUAGUCCCGCAAUAUUUUCAGGGAAUAUUGCGCAUUAAGUAUUUUCGGAUCAUUUUGCCUUCAUCCGAAUGAUCGUUUUUUGUUUUUUUUUAUUGAUUUUAUUACUUUGGCUGAAAUCCAGUUCAAUAUAUAAACAUAUAAAUAUGUUUUUUUUUUUCUACACAGGUCUAAUUUUUGUAUUGCAUGUUUGAUCUGUUUGAUAUUCAUAGCAUCAGGGGUGUGUAGACCCACCUCACCAUGACUUCUUUAUUGUGAAUGGUUACUUUAUAGACGGGUUAUGAAUUGAGAAGUGUGUUGGAUUUGUGGAUUGAGCAGAUGUUUGGGCGAAGGGCUGGUUUUUAGUUACUGUAGGUCAAACUGAGCUCAUGACGUCCUUUAUAAGGACCGAACGGUUAAGUACCGGGUCAGGAAGAGGUUCUCGAACCCGAGUGACCUUGAGAAUCAUUCAGAGGUUGGUUUCUUCAGUUUUGGACAACUAAGGAUGAGAUCUGUUCUGCAAGAGGGACCUUUUAAAGAUUUAACUAUUUUCUAUGAUAUAAACUGCCUUUCCGAAACCUGAAUCAUGUUGCGGGUGGGAACUGAGCAAUUUUUUCGUUGUGUUAUGGGGUGAAGUGUAAUCUGUGCCGGCUGAUCCAGAGUUGUGUAGCGCUCAACACUUCAGCAUGCUUUAGGUUUUGUAAGAACGUUGGUCACAUGCUGGAAAGCUCAGAAGACAAACAGUGUACCACAGAAAUAUGAUAGCGGUGUACUGUACGUGAGAAACGUGGUUGUAACCUCGAAGAAAUCUCUGAAAUUGUCAGUAAAAUCAAAAAGAAUAGAAUAAAAUUGUUUAUUAGCAUGAAUGUA